AUGAUCCCUAAAAAUGCAUAUCCAGCCAAUGGUCCUCCAGACCACCCCCUACUAGCACCUAAUGGUAUCCGGGCCGAUGGCAUGGUUAUGAAUAUUGCAACUAUUCUAGCAGGAACUGCCACCAACCCUUACAAGACUGGGCACUUUCAAGGUGAUAUCUUGACACCACUAGAGGCUGACUCUACAUGUCCUAGGGAACAUUUGUUGCAGAACUUGCGGUAG